AUGGAGAGCACAAGAGUGUUCGUGGGUGGUCUCCCACCAACAUGCUCCAAUGACCAGCUUAAGAAACAUUUUGCAACUCGCUUCCAAGUCACUGAUGCUCAUGUCCUACCUAAACGUAGGAUGGGGUUCGUCGGCUUCAAAAGCCAUGAAGCAGCUCAGCAAGCUGUGAAGCACUUCAACAAGACAUACAUGAAGAUGUCAAAGAUCGCUGUAGACAUCGCUCGUCCGAUUGAUUCAAAUGACGCCGAGGAUGCUCACCCCACACGAAGACGUGGCUCCAAGAAUGAUAAUGAUGCACCGGUGGAUAACAACCUGAAGCGCAAGAGGGAUGGCGAGAAAAAAUCACAGGACCCUAAGCUACAAGAGUACCUUUCUCUCAUGGGAUCAUCAUCAAAAACUCGGACAUGGGCCAAUGAUGAUGAGAUGAUUAGGCCCUCUGCGGACACUGUUCCGGCUAUUAACCAACCUUUGCAGGAAGAAGAGGAGAUUCAGGACUUGCCUUCCCACCCGAAAAAGCCAAAGACAGAAACAGUCCCCACGGUAGCAAUGCCUGAGCAGCCUGAGCCCAUGGUAAUUGACAAGGGCGAGGAAGAGGAGGCUCAAGAAACACCAGAAGAGGGCAACUCUGCGGAGGUUGAAGUAGAGACUAGACCAAUCUCUGAUGAAGAUUGGCUACGGUCAAAGACGAGUCGUCUGUUGGGCCUUCUCGAUGAGGAAGAGCAAGAAGAGUUUGAUCAACACAAGGCCGCCGCAGCGACUAUUGCGUCGACCAAAGCUGUUUCACCACCUUCCUCGUCGGGCGAUAAGUCGCCGCGGCGUGACGAGGACUCGCGCACUGUGGCCAUUGAGAAAAUUCCGCCCAACACGACUGACGUUGACAGCACUUCCGAGGCAACGCCGGAAGAUCCGAAUAUUGAUCUUAUUCGGAACUCGGCCCGUUUGUUCCUCAGAAAUCUCGCAUACGACACAGCAGAAUCGGAUCUCCAGCCGAUCUUUGAACGCUUCGGAAAGAUUGAAGAGGUUAGUACUUUUUUUUUCUUUUUGCCUUUUCAACUUUGCCCCGCUUUUUCCUCACCGGCUAGCUGGCUUCCAGCCUGCUUGCCACGAGUGCUCGUGUGA